AUGGGUAUACGCUUUCGAGCGAUAUCUGGCUUGUUAUUAUUUAUUUUUUUUAUCGUAUGGGUUCUAUUACUAACUAACGAAGUAGAUCAAUCGUCGUAUCCUCGAAUAUAUGUAGCUGGUCCAGUAGCACCAAAUUUCGAUUACAUACUGGAGCCCGGAGAUGAUGUAUGUUCAACACCGGAACCACUGCUUUUAAUUGUUUAUGUUCAUUCAGCAAUAGAAAAUCGUCAUCGUCGAGAAUCAAUACGUUCAACAUGGGCAUCGCGUGCUAUGUUCGGAAAACAUAUACGUGUUCUAUUCAUGGUUGGUUCAAGUCAAAAUAGAGAGUUGAUGAAACAAGCUCAAUUUGAAUUUGAUACUUAUCGUGAUAUUGUUCAACAAACAUUUAUUGAUGCUUACCGAAAUUUAACAUAUAAAGGUAUUAUGGCACUGAAUUGGAUUUCACGUCAUUGUAAUCGAACUUCGUAUGUAUUAAAAACCGAUGAUGAUAUGUUAAUAAAUAUGUUUUCGAUUUUAAAUCAUCUUUAUACUUUAACACAUGUCUAUCCAAUGGAAGCAUGGCAUUCGACGAUAGCUUGUCUCGUGUGGACACGAAUGCGUGUUACACGAGAUCCAACAUCUAAAUGGUUUGUUUCAUCUACUGAAUAUCCAUACGAACAUUUUGCACCUUAUUGUUCUGGUUCUGCAUAUUUUAUCACUCAAGAUUUGAUUCGACCACUAUUUCAAGCAAGUCGAUCGAUGCCUUUUUUCUGGAUUGAUGAUUAUUAUAUUACUGGUCUUCUUCCACAAGCAAUUCGAUCAUCGGUUUAUGUUAAUUAUUUAUAUAUUAAUUCUCUCUUUGUAAUUAAUAUUGAUCUAGUCGAACAACGUUUUCUUUCACCAUUUGGUCUUUCUUCACUUGUUUUUGGUCAUAUGCCAUUAUCAGUCGAUCGCCUUCUACACACAUGGCAACAUAUUGUGACAAACAGUCAUUCAGCUUAUAAAUAUCUGAAUCGAACAUCCCUCUAA